UAUGCUCCUUCAACCCAUACACCUCCAGUUGUUGCCAGUCCAGUUUGUGACGUCACAUUCCUAACACUGUAGUUGGUUGUGCGCUUGUAAACAAAUAGGCUACUUAUUUCGUCCUGGGCACAGGGCAGGCAAGACACGCGGGAAAGAAUAGAAAGAGUGAACACAUCGAGCGCAGUGCACACGAAGCGGCGAUGCAACAGAUGUUUGCAGGUUAUUAGGUGGGAUAUUUUUGUCCUUUUAUUGGAGAAAAAAAAUCUAGGGGGAAUGGAAUGUGUUAUGGCAGCCUUUUCUGUUAAUAACGCCACUGUCACUAACUCCAUCAUAAUGAACACCAAUGGGCCUCCUGAUCUGAUGCUGGACCCCAGAACUGUAUGUGUAUCUAUCGAUGAGGUGGUAUCCAAUCAUGUGAGAAGUCAACAGACUCCAUUAUUACAUGGGCAUCUCAAGAAAGUGGAGAACAGUCUAACUGAAGCCCAACGUUUUUCCUACCUGCCACGUCGACCAGCAGUUAACAUUGAAUUCAAAGAUGUCUGCUACUCAGUUCCUGAGGGACCAUGGUGGGGAAAGAAAGGUUACAAGACCCUGCUGAAAGGGAUCUCUGGGAAAUUUACCAGCGGCUGCCUGGUGGCCAUCAUGGGUCCCUCAGGAGCUGGGAAAUCUACGCUGAUGAAUAUUCUGUCCGGCUAUAGGGAAACAGGGAUGAAGGGGGAGAUCUUGAUCAAUGGACAGCCUCGUGACCUGCGUUCUUUCAGGAAGGUCUCGUGCUACAUCAUGCAGGACGACAUGCUUCUGCCUCACCUCACAGUACAGGAGGCCAUGAUGGUGUCUGCUAAUCUGAAGCUCCAGGAAAAGGAUGAGGGCAAGAGAGACAUGGUGAGGGAGAUCCUGACGGCCCUGGGCCUGCUUGAGUGUGCGAAAACUCGAACGUCACAUCUUUCAGGGGGGCAGAGGAAAAGGCUGGCCAUCGCCCUAGAGCUUGUCAACAACCCUCCCAUCAUGUUCUUUGAUGAGCCCACCAGUGGCCUGGACAGUUCCUCCUGUUUCCAGGUGUUGUCUCUGCUGAAGGCCCUGGCCUAUAGUGGCCGCACCGUUAUCUGCACCAUCCACCAGCCCAGCGCCAAGCUCUUUGAGCUCUUCAACAAGCUGUAUGUCCUUAGCCAGGGCCAGUGUAUCUACAGAGGGAAAGUGCCUAACCUGGUUCCUUACCUUAGAGAGCUGAGGCUCAACUGCCCAACAUACCACAAUCCUGCAGACUUUGUGAUGGAGGUGGCGUCUGGGGAGUACGGUGAUCAGACGGCUCUUUUGGUGAAGGCCGUGCAGGAGGGGAAAUGUGAGCAGGUCUACAAGAUAGACAUGAAUGAUGGACCCCUCAACCCCUUCCUGUGGCACAAAUCUUCUGAGGAGGAUUCCCCUUCCGGUGAGGGCUGCCACAGUUUCUCGGCCAGUUGUCUGACUCAGUUCUGCAUCCUGUUCAAAAGGACAUUUCAAUGCAUCAUUAGAGAUACAGUGCUGACUCACCUAAGAAUCACCUCUCACAUUGGGAUUGGGAUUCUGAUUGGCCUGCUCUAUCUGGGCAUCGGCAACGAUGCCAAGAAAGUGCUCAGCAACUCCGGCUUCCUCUUCUUCUCCAUGCUCUUCCUCAUGUUUGCUGCUCUAAUGCCUACUGUUCUGACGUUCCCUUUGGAGAUGGGAGUGUUCCUAAGAGAGCACUUGAACUACUGGUACAGUCUGAAGGCUUACUAUCUGGCCAAGACUAUGGCAGACCUCCCCUUCCAGAUAGUGUUCCCAGUCGCCUACUGCAGCAUCGUCUACUGGAUGACGUCCCAGCCGCCUGACGCUGUACGUUUCAUCCUUUUCUUGGCCCUGGGAGUCCUCACCUCUCUUGUGGCCCAGUCUCUGGGCCUGCUGAUAGGAGCGGCUUCCACCUCGCUACAGGUUGCCACGUUUGUAGGUCCGGUGACUGCCAUACCCGUGCUGCUUUUCUCUGGCUUCUUUGUCAGUUUUGACACAAUUCCGUGGUAUCUUCAGUGGAUGUCAUACAUUUCAUAUGUCAGGUAUGGCUUUGAAGGUGUCAUCCUCUCCAUCUACGGGCUGGACCGGAAGGACCUCCACUGUGACAAGGAUGAAACAUGCCACUUCCAGAAGUCGGAGGCCAUCUUGAAAGAGCUUGAUGUGGAAGAUGCCAAACUGUACCUUGACUUCAUAGUGCUUGGCAUGUUCUUUGUGACCCUCCGUCUCCUCGCGUACUUUGUGCUGCGCUAUAAGAUCAGUGCAGAGAGGUAAACUGGGGAGUGGCGGUAGGAGGGAGGAAGGCCCAGAUCGCUUGCAAGCUGGAAUUCUGCUUCUAGAGACCUCCAGGCAGUGGCCCAGAAAUACACCAUGCACACUAAACUUUUGGCCAAAGACUACAGAAUAUAGACAACUGUUGUGUGAGGGUGUGCAUGCAGUAUGACUCUACUUAGCUUAGACAAACAAAUAUGGCAGAGAGGAGCUCAGUGCCUAAGGCCAUGGAUGAUUCCCAAUAUUACAAGAACGUUCUUGUUUAAAUACCAAAACCAAGGCUCCUGUCACAGUAGGAAUCUAGAUGUAAUCGCCUUGUGCAAGGGAACCAACUGUAAGUAAUGUAAGAGUGUUGUUGAUAGGCUCUUGUCUAGUCUGUAGUUCCAGACUGUUUUAUAUGAUCACUGUGUGAAACCAAUUAAAUGAAAUAGCUUGGUGGAAGGACAAUGGGAAGACAGGGCCACACUUAAACAGGAGCUGAUUUCCUCCAAUGUGUGUUUAUUACAUAGGACUGCCAGAUCAAAUGGGUCUGUAAUCUGGGACCCUCGGUCAGUACAGGGAAAGGUACAAUAGUGCUUGUUGCUAAUGUGGGAUAAAGCAUACAUCACAUACAGUGCCUUGCGAAAGUAUUCGGCCCCCUUGAACUUUGCGACCUUUUGCCACAUU